GGUUCUGCUGCCGGUAUACUAGAGAGGCGGUACGGUUGUCGUGUGGUAGCUAUGGCAGGAUCGACCCUGAUAGGUGUUGGCAUGUUCUCCAGCACAUCUGUCCCCUCCCUAUACUGGUUGUACCUCACCUAUGGCGUCAUUACAGGUGUUGGCUUUGGUAUGGUCCAUCUGGUGUCAAUCGUGACUGUGAAUCUAACUUUUGACAAAGGUCGUUCUGUCGCGAUAGCGAUAGCCUCGUCCGGAAUCGGAUGUGGAAACAUCUUAAUACCCUGGCUCACCACCUUGUGGCUUGAGGAGUAUGGCUGGCGACAGACCUUCCUCCUGCUGGCCGGUAUAGGCAUACAAGGACUCGUCGGUGGCGCCAUCAUUGGCAACGUCCAUACAAGUGGUGAAUCACGUUGCGAUCACCAAAAUGUUUAUAACACAGAUCAUCCACCACUCCGAGCGGCAGUGACUGAAGUACUGAAGACGAAAUAUUUCAUGAUAUUCUCCGUUUCUGGAUUUUGUACAUCUCUGACUUACUUUGUACCUUAUGUUAUGGUCCCAGAGUUGGCAAAGGCGAAGGGUUUAUCAUCUACUGAUGUUGUUCUAAUAUUUACAGUAUCCGGAGUAUCAAGUAUCUUAGGUAGAAUUCUGAUCGGGUUCAUCGUUGACAUUUUACACAUCAGCCGAAUAUGGACUCUGUCUAUCGCCCUGUUAAUUGGUGGAAUCCCCACGAUCGGUUGUGCAUUUGUAUAUGACAAAUGGCUUUUUAUUGGGUAUGGUGUCAUUCUAGGAGUUUUCACGGGGACGUUCGGUUUUCUCCAGUCCGUCAUUGUUGUUGAUCUUCUGGGAACAGAAUUGUUGGGAAUAGGAUUUGGAUUUCUAACUUUAUUUCAUGGAAUAGCUGUCAUCAUAGGUCCGCCUAUCGGAGGUUUGAUAUCUGACAUAACACACGACUUCACCGUAUCUUUUGUCUACGCCGGAUGUUUAUUUUGCCUGAGUUCUCUCUUUGCAUGUGCAAUCAAAACACGACCUGACAUCAAGGAAUCGAAAAACGACAGGCAAACAGAGAUUCGCGCACGAUCUUACCAGGAUGAUGUACCUGUCAGUCGAUGUCAUACAAACAUAAGUUUUGUAUUUGAUACCAGAUUAUGAUAUAUCAAUUGGUUUGUUUUUGUUUUGGCAUGUUGCGCAUAGGACUUCAACUUUUACUUUGCCAGUGUAUUCGUGAUCGCAGCUCGGAUCGGCUGUCAUGGCAACGACGAGGACGGUGGCUUUACCACAGUGUUGAUUCUACAAACUUGCAUGUACAACCGAAAACUUCUAGGUAUACCUUAUGCCUUUGGAAAUAAUCUGUAAAUAACUAAUUGAAUUAAUAACGGUCCAUUGCAUUCAACAUUUGUUCCUUUUAUAUGCCGAUUUCGAUACUUCGAACCAAUGAAGAGUUCAAAUAUUCAAGCAUGAACAUUAACACUUGCUCUAUAAAUCGUCCUAGAGCACUCGCUUACCCAAAAGCAAUACUUAUGAAACAGGUAGGAACGUGAAGGUAUGUGUAGGUGAAUAACGAACAGUGCUGUACAUUCUUACGAAAAUGACAAACAUCGUCAAAACUAGACAUA